AUGCAGACCGGCGAAUUAACGACAACCAACAACAUUUAUACAUCAUGUCUCGACCACAAUGGCAGCGAUUACUUCGAUCGGGCUGGGCAGCAGCUUCGCCAUCCCUACAAGCCUCCAACGCUGUGCGCAAUCGCCUGCCAAUGCGCUCGGCCUUUUCGACCUCGGCGCGACCCAUUUCCCACAUUUGCUCUAAAUUCCCAAACACGUACUGGCAAGAGCGCGAUCAACUUGAAAAAGACCCCAAAGAGUUUCAUGCCGCAUUGGCUAAGGGACGGGUGGCUGGGAAUUGCCCUGCCCGAGUCGCACGGAGGAGCUGGAUUGGGGAUUUCUGAGGCUACAAUGAUGAUGCAAACCAUUACCCAGUCUGGCGCAGGAAUGGCUGGAGCACAGGCCAUUCACGCCAAUGUCUAUGCCACUCAACCACUGGCCAAAUUCGGCACCAAAGAACAGUUGGAGACGACAAUCCCCAAUAUUAUUAAUGGCACAUGGAGAACCUGUUUCGGUGUCACCGAGCCCAACACCGGUCUCGAGACUCUGAAACUCUCGACCCUGGCCAGCAAGAACGCUGAUGGAUAUUCCGUCACUGGUCAAAAGAUUUGGAUUACUUGCGCGCAGGUCGCAUCCAAGAUGAUCCUUCUUGCCCGAACCACUCCGCUGGAGGAAGUGAAGAAGUCCAGCGAAGGUCUCUCCCUGUUCUGCAUCGAUCUCAACCGCGACCAGCCGGGUCUCGACAUGCGCAAGAUCAAGAAGAUGGGCGGUCGCGCUGUCGAUGCCAACGAGGUCUUCUUCGACAACUACCAAAUCCCCGCCGACACCCUCAUUGGAGAGGAAAACCAGGGAUUCAAGAUCAUCCUCCACGGAAUGAAUGCCGAGCGAUGCUUGUUGGCUGGUGAAGCACUGGGUCUGGGCUACGCCGCUCUAGAGAAGGCAUCACAGUAUGCUCAAGAACGAGUUGUCUUUGGUCGACCUAUUGGUCAAAAUCAAGGUGUCGCCCAUCCUCUCGCCGAUGCCUAUAUGAAGCUGGAAGCCGCUAAGCUGGCGACCUACCACGCAGCUCGUCUAUAUGACACCAACGAUGGGUCGGUGCCCUUCCACUCCAUCGGCGUGGCCUGCAACAGCGCCAAGUACCUGGCUGCAGAAGCUGCUUUCACAGCUUGCGAGCGGGCCGUGCUGGCUCAUGGGGGUAUGGGAUAUGCUAUGGAGUAUGAUGUUGAACGGUACUUGCGUGAAUGCUUCGUGCCUCGGAUCGCUCCUGUCAGUCGGGAGAUGAUUCUGAAUUAUGUCAGCGAGAAGGUUCUGCAAUUACCUCGUAGCUACUAG